AUUAGUCUCUCUCCUCUUUCUCUCUCUAGAAAUCAAUCAGUAGAAGAUAAUAAUAAUAAUAAUAUUAUUAUUAUUGUGGAAUAUGGAGUUGGGGAGCAUCCUUCAGUUCUUGGAAAACAAAUCCAUUCUUGUCACUGGUGCCACUGGCUAUCUUGCAAAGAUAUUCGUCGAGAAAAUACUAAGAGUGCAACCGCAAGUAAAAAGGUUGUAUCUUCUUCUAAGGGCUUCCGAUUCGAUAUCUGCUUUGCAACGCUUCAACACUGAGGUGUUAGGGAAAGAUCUGUUUAGGGUGGUGAAAGAGAAGUAUGGUGAGAAUUUUGAUGACCUAAUUUCAGACAAAAUUAGGGUUUUGUGUGGAGACAUAAGCCUUGACGACAACUUGGGAUUAAAAUUUGAAGAUUAUAAUUAUUGGUUGGAAGAAAUCGAUGUUGUGGUUAAUUUAGCUGCAACUACCAAAUUUGACGAGAGAUAUGAUGUUGCAUUUGGAAUAAAUACAGUGGGGGCUCAGAAUGUAUUAAAUUUCUCCAGAAAGUGCAGAAAUCUACAGCUGCUUCUUCAUGUAUCCACAGCUUAUGUAUCCGGUGAGAAAAAAGGGCUGAUUUUAGAAACUCCAUACAAGAUGGGAGAAACCCUAAAUGGCGAAUCCGGCGGCCUCAUUGACAUCGAGACAGAGAAGCGGCUGAUCAACGACACUUUGAAACAUCUAACGGCGCAACCUAAUUCUUCCGAUGGCGACAUUAAAUCAGCCAUGAAAGACUUGGGGAUUCAAAGAGCUAGAAAGUACGGAUGGCCAAAUACGUAUGUGUUCACAAAAGCAAUGGCGGAGAUGAUUAUGGAGAGCUCCAAAGACGACAAUAACAACAUUCCUAUUGUAAUAAUCCGUCCUACCAUUGUCACGAGUACUUUUAAAGAGCCUUUUCCGGGAUGGGUCGAAGGAGUCAGAACUAUAGAUAGCUUAGCUCUUGGAUAUGGUAAAGGAAGAUUAACAUGUUUUCUUGGAGACCCUAAGACAACUAUUGAUUUGAUACCGGCGGAUAUGGUGGUUAAUUCUAUGAUAGUAGCGAUGGUGGCGCAUGUAAGAAAUCCGGGGGCCGGAGAAAACAAUAUUUACCAUGUGGGAUCUUCGGUGUCGAAUCCAGUGGAAUUCACGUGGCUUCAAAAUUACGCUCAACGGUACUUCAAGGAGCAUCCUUGGAUCGACAAAGAAGGAAAACCGGUGAUCGUAGGCGAAGUUACUGUGCUUAGUACAAUGGAGAGUUUUCAGAGAUAUAUCACUCUUCGUUACUUACUUCCAUUGAAGGGACUAGAGAUAGCAAACACGUUGUGCUGCAACUACUUCGAGCGACUCUACCUCAACCUCUGCCGGAAGAUCGACUUUAUAAUGCGAUUAGUCGAUCUUUAUCACCCCUAUUUGUUCUUCAGAGGAUUCUACGAUGAUAUGAACACAGAAAGGCUAAGAAGGGCUGCUGGCGAUGAGAAUGGAAUGUUUAGUUUCGAUCCCAAGGCUAUUAAUUGGGAAGAUUACUUCAUGACCACACACAUUCCUGGCCUCGUUAAGUACGUUUUUAAUUAAUUAUUUAUUUAUUUUUAUUAAAAAAUCCUAUUAUCAAUGUUAUAAUUAAUUAAUAUGCAAUUAUAAUUUAUAUAUAUAUGUGAGAUUUCAAGUGUGGUUGAAAGAUUGAAAUUAUUU